AUGACCGAAGUUAAAGCUGAAGAAACCGAAGUAAAUGCCGAUAAUAAAAAUACAGACGAGGAGAAGCCAAAGGAAGAUACAGCCCCGCCAGCGACAUCGGAACAAACAACAACAGCAGCAGCAGAAGACGACGACAAGCAGGAUGAAGAAAGGCAACAAACUACACCAACACCACAACAGCAACAAUCAUCCUCUCAGGCUCCUGAUAAGGAAGCCAAAGAAGAUGGAGCCACAUUAAAUCCCCUCAAUAACGAUAAUGAUCAUCAUUCGGAAACUGAGACGAAGGGUAAAAAUCGUCGCUAUUGGACACCCAAGGAGGAAGACCGCUUCUUUCUAAUAUGGGGUAGAGAGAAUUGGCGUCUCACCAAACAUGGCAAAAACACCAUAUUCUUUGCCCAAUGGGCUGAGGAAAUGAAGGAGCGUUUCGAUAUCGAUGUCAAACCGGAGGAGGUACAGUGUAAAGUCAAUCAAACGAGGGCAAAAUAUAGGCAAGUGAAACGUCUACUGGAAACGGAUAGAAAUGCUGUUAAAUGGAAGAAAUACGAUUUGGUUGAGAAAAUAUUGAAAAAUCAAUAUCGUUCCAAAGAUGAUGAACCGGUGCCACAGGAAGCUUUGGAAAAUAAUCGUGAUAUGUCACCAACAGAAUUGCUGAAUAGUAAUAGUGGCGGUACCCGACCUUCCUCACCAAAUGUAACCAAUUCGGAACAGAGUAUUAAUUUGAAUCAGACACCGGGAGAUAAUCAACAAUUGACUGAAGAUAUCUCCCUUACCGAACAAAAUCUCUCAUCCCUAAAUGUUUUCAGCAAUAAUUCAAACACCAGUUUUAGUACUGAACUUUUUGGUCUGGAUCAAAUCGAAAUUAAAAAAGAAAUUGAAAAUGAUUUAAAGACCGAGGGGUUUUCCGAAUUCAUACCAAUAGAUCCGCAAGAACUAACAACAACAGCAAAUCCAUCAACUGAAGGUGGAGUGGCAUCGGCGGCAACAUCACAAAAUGCGUCAGCGGCAAAUCAGCAAGUUCUUGGUGACUUAGCGGCCACCACCAAUGGUACGGCUGCUACAGCUGUUGCGAACAAUAAUCGAUCAGGAGCAGUAUUGGCGAAUCAUACAAAUGUAACUUUGGGUGCUACAAACAAUGCCGUAGAUGUAAAUCAUGCAAAUAGUAAUCAUACAACAUCGAUGGAACCACCACGCAGAUCAUCGGUAACCUCAACAUCAACACCACGUAAACGUAAUCGUACAACAUCAUCCUCGGUGGCAGGAACAACUGGCGGUGGCGGCGGUGGGGCAACUUCGACAGCCCUUACACCAGCCUCCUCGGCGGCGGCCGCUGCUGCUCAAGAUUCCCUGGAACAUUUAUAUUUGGAAGAAAUCAAGAAAAAGAAUAUCAUACUCGUUGAACAGGGUGAAAUUAAUCGUAAACGUUUAAAACUGGAGGAGAGAAAAGUGAAACUAAUGGAGGAUUUCUUUCCCAAAUAUUUAUCCUUGCAACAGGAUAUAUUAAAGAAAUUGGAUAAUUUAAAUAGCAAUACACCGGAAUCGAUUAAUAUACGAAUAGAGGAAAAUUACAAUGAUGAUGGUUUCUUAUUUCCCGAGUAUCAUCUAUCAACUGGAAUGGAUGAUGCCUCAUCAUAUCACAGUGAAAGCUUCUAUAAGGGUGCGGGUGAUAGUAGUAUGGAUGGCACAGCUACUCCCGAUUUAGCUGAAACAAUGGAAAUUAAACAGGAGCUAAAUGAUGAGGUUGAUCCAAUAGCUGACAAUGGAGAUAAUGGAGAGGUGUAUGAUCCCAAACCACCGGAGUCUUAUUCAAACAAUGACAGCAAUUACCCGAAUUCUUCAAUGUAUAAUCACAAUAGACCUGCUACAACAGCAGACAAUGGGGGCGAGUACGGUCAGAAACAAUCUGGGCCUUACUCGGCCAAUGAUAAUUAUGCCAAUCCAAUGUAUAAUAACAAUAGGGCAGCUACAUCAACAGACAAUGGAACAUAUGAUCCAAACAAACAAUCAGAGCCUUAUACGGCCAAUGACAAUUACGCCCAUCCAAUGUAUAAUCACAGUAGGUCUAGUACAGCAACUACAACAACAGCUGUAGAUAAUGGGGAUCAUAAUCGUAAACAAUCUGAGGCUUAUUCGGGUAAUGAUAGUUACACCCAUCCAAUGUAUAACAACAGUAGAUCUACUACAACAACACCAACAAAUAGUGGGGGCCAUAAUCAGAAACAAACGGAGUCAUACCCGGCUAAUGACAGCUAUGCCAACUCAAUGUAUAACAACAACAGUAGAACUGCCACAACAACUGACAAUGGCGACGACUACGAACCCAAAGAAACAGAGACUUCUUAUUCUAACAACGAUGGUAGUUACCCCAAUCCAUUGUCUAACAACAAUAAGACUACCACAACGAAAACUAGUACACCGGACAAUCGGGAAUAUGAUCCCAAACAAUCGGAGUCUUACUCUAACAAGGAUAACAGCUAUCCCAAUUCAAUGUCUAGCAACAGUAGGGCUAUCUCGGCAACAACAACAACUGAUAAACCUAUGGAGACUGCAAGGAAAAUAGAAUUCAAAAAGGAUUUAUACGCCCAAUUACCCAUAGAACCAACAACGGCGAAACAAGCGAGUCAAAAUAACUUUCGGCAUUCCAAUGUAUCGAAUAAUCCUAAACCCGAUUUAUACAAUCGAACUGAGCCUGCAGCCAAAAAACCAUGUACCAAUGCAUCCUUCUCACAUUCCAAUAAAUUGAAUAAUUCCAAAACGGAGGUAUAUCCACGAACAGAUUUAUCAGCGAAGCAAUCAGGGAUCAAUACUCAUUACAAUACACAUUAUAAUAAAUUGACCAAUCCAAAAUUAUCGACUCAACUAUCAGGUGCCAAUACAACUUCCCCGCAUGGCAAUAAAUCACUUAAUCCCAAAACGGAGUUAUACACUCGAGUACCGCAGCCAGUAACGAAACAAUCACCGGUCAAUACAGCAAUCAGCACAAAUUCCAAUAAAUCGAUUAAUCCCCCACAACCAGUACCAGAUGCUAGGAAAUUUAGUGAAAAUACAUAUUUCCUAAAUCAUUUAGAUUCCAUACUAAAUAAAUUGCCCGUAUAUGCUUCGGAAAAUUUACAAGGCAAUAUUAUGGCAAUGGCAUAUGCCGAAUUGGCCAAACAUCGCUCCAAUCCGGCUGAUAAUCGUUGUAAUAGCACAUUUUUACACUUUAAUUAA